CCCAGGGCCUUGCUCUCUACAGUCACAGCGCCGGGUCCCAGGACUUCGUCCUGCGCCGCGGUUCUGAUCGCGCGUGGCCCGCUGCGCAGCCGGCCCUGCAAGCCAGUGGCCCGCGUGUCCCUCCGAUAUGUCGUCCUGCAGCCGCGUGGCGCUGGUGACCGGGGCCAACAAGGGCAUCGGCUUCGCCAUCGCGCGUGACCUGUGUCGGAAGUUCUCGGGGGACGUGGUGCUCACCGCGCGGGACGAGGCGCGGGGCAAGGCUGCGGUGCAGCAGCUGCAGGCGGAGGGCCUGAGCCCCCGCUUCCACCAGCUGGACAUCGACGACCCGCAGAGCAUCCGGGCCCUGCGCGACUUUCUGCGCAAGGAGUACGGGGGACUUAACGUGCUGGUCAACAACGCGGGCAUCGCCUUUAGAAUGGAUGAUCCAACACCCUUCGACAUUCAAGCUGAGAUGACACUAAGGACGAACUUUUUCGCCACUAGAAAUGUCUGCACUGAGUUACUACCCAUAAUGAAACCGCACGGGCGCGUGGUUAACGUCAGCAGUCUGCAGGGGUCAAAGGCUCUUGAAAACUGCAGUGAGGAUCUUCAGGAGAGGUUCCGGAGCGACGCACUCACAGAGGGGGACCUGGUGGACCUCAUGAAAAAGUUUGUGGAGGACACAAAAAACGAAGUCCACGAGAGGGAAGGCUGGCCAGACUCAGCUUACGGGGUGUCCAAGCUGGGGGUGACAGUCCUUUCCAGAAUCCUGGCCCGGCAGCUGGACGAGAAGAGGAAGGCGGACAGGAUUCUGCUCAAUGCCUGCUGCCCAGGACCGGUGGAGACCGACUUGGCGAGGGGCUGGGGCUCCAGGACUGCGGAGGAGGGGGCUGAAACCCCGGUUUUCUUGGCCCUCCUGCCUCCAGAUGCCACUGAGCCUCAGGGCCAGCUGGUCUGUGACAGAGUCGUGCAGACGUGGUGAGUGUCUGCUCUGGGACUUGAUGGUUUAACCAAUGCUGGAGAGAGCGGUGCAUGGAGGCGGGUCUCCUUUGAUUCUCUUUGCACGUUGAGAGGGAAGGGUCAUUCAUGCUUGUGCGGUUCCACAGUCUAAACCUGAAUGAUUUGCUACGUCCAAACUCUUUCUCGCCCUUGACUUUUCAUCCAGUCAGUUGUGCCUGCUUUGUUUUUCAAAUAAAAAAAUAGCUUUUAUUUUAUGUA